AUAAUAUUCCAUGUGCGUGGAUCCAGCGGUGACAGCGAGGUGGCGGGGCGCAGCGGCGCUGGUUCGACAUGACGCGCCCGGGCCCUCCCAAUGAGAACCUGCCCACUAUCAAGUUGGUGGUGGUGGGAGACGGCGGCGUGGGCAAGAGCGCCAUCACCAUCCAGUUCUUCCAGAAGCUGUUCGUGACGGACUACGACCCCACCAUCGAGGACUCCUACAUACAGCACACCGAGGUCGACGGACAAUGGUGCAUACUCGACGUACUGGACACGGCGGGGCAGGAGGAGUUCAGCGCGAUGCGCGAGCAGUACAUGCGCAAGGGCGACGGCUUCCUGCUGGUGUACUCCGUCACCGACCAGCAGAGCUACGAGAACAUUCGCCACUUCCACACGCAGAUCUUGCGCGUCAAGGAUAGGGAGACGUACCCGAUGCUGCUGGCGGCCAACAAGGUGGACCUGGUGCACGUGCGCGGCGUGAGCGAGGAGCAGGGCCGCGAGCUCGCGCGGCAGCUCGGGGCCCCGUACAUCGAGACCAGCGCCAAGGAGCCGCCGCUCAACAUCGACGCCGCGUUCCAUGAGCUGGUUCGCAUCAUCCGCAACCACCCGCAGCAGGAGGACAAGCAGCGCCGCCGCCGCAAGUUCGGCAAGUGUGCACUGCUCUGACUCUCACACACACACACACGCGCAUGUGUCGGCUCCAGUGACGUCACACCCACGGAGCCGACAGCCGUGCCAUGCUACCAAUCAGUUAUUACAAAGAGAGAUUAUACUUAUAUUUUUGAUGCAAUAUGAAAUCGUGUAAUCUAUGAAAAUGAAAUCGCUAUUCCUCGUAUGUUGUUGAAAUAUUCGCAUGUGAUUUGCACAAAUAUGUUUAUUGCGGACAAAUGUAUAGACUUUUUAUUUAAAUGCAUAAUAAAUUAUUGUAUUUUUAUCAUAUUUUUGUAAGUUAUGGCUAGAAUAUCAUAUUAUGAAUUAUAAAUUAUACAUAACAUGUUUCAGUUGGUGUGCAUAACAUGUACAAUUAAAUUCACCAACAAAUAAAAGUCAAAUAUUUUUCCGAUUUUUGUCACAGAAUAGUAUCGGAUUUUACGGACAUUAUUAUUAUUUUGAAUACUACGUCUCCUAGACGAUAAAAUAUAUGUAUUAUCUAUUAAAUUAAUUUAACUUGAUUUAUUACGUAACACGUACCAAUGCGUAGCAUUUAUUUUAGCUCAGUAAGUGUCCAUAGAGUAAGGAAGUAUCGCGACCAAAACCCCAUUAACAUUAAUGUUCAAUAAUAAACUGAACUACUUGACUGCUCAGCAGAUAUACGCGAACUGCACAAAUGUAUACAAUGUGUAUAUCUUGACCCCACACUAACUACAGACAGUCGACAAGACGCCAACUAUGCAUUUGUUACAUUCACACCAAAGAGAUUAUAACGAUAUAGCAUUUAAUUUUAUUGACAUAAGGACUAUAUUUGAAUGUUUAAAGGUUUAUGUAUUAGGUUAAUGUGACAUUGUAUGUGUACAUUGUUGUAACAACGCAACACAUUUGGGGUUGUCUGGUACAGAUUCCUGCCCACCACAAAUUGAAAAUAAAACAAGAUGUAUUCUGACGUUCAAAAUGAAGCUCUAUAGCAGGGCAAUAAAUACAGAGAUGUUUGUUGUGUACCUGGCAGCCCCACACAGUACGUGCACAGUAGUGAGUGCACAGCCCCAUACAUAACACUAAGGCUGAAUCAUUUCACACAUAUAUUAUAAAUUAUGUAUAAGAUUUAUUUCCAAUUGUGUCGUUUACUGCGGACAUGCUACCCCUACACAACGUUUUACUGUUUGAAUUUGCCUGUGAUCCUUUCUGUAUCUAGUCAUAAAUGUUCAGCAUAAUAUCUUGUAUUCUUCCUAGAUGUAGAUGAUAUUGUUGAGCCCCUACAUAGACUCCUAUGAGGGUAUAAUUUCCAAGUAUUCUGGAGUAUUGUCGGUGGUGUGUCUGCAGAGAACAUCACGUUAGACGUAAGUACUCGUUACGCUAGUAAGUCACUGUCAAGGAAUUGAACUCGGGAAUAUAUAAGUGUUCCAAUAGGUAAUGUUAGGCCUACGAUAGAUUUACACGCACUUGUCUUCUAGCACAGAAUAUAGAAGUUAUAGCCUAAGUGGUUAGCGGUCUGUCUUCGCCAGACUUUCAUUUUUUGAAAUAAUAAUAAGUUUUUUUCCUGGUUGAAGUUAAGAAUACUUAGAAGCUUUAGCUCGAGUUGUAAUGAUGAGUUGGUCGGUACGCAAAAUCACCAAAUAGUUAAUUUUCAUGUAUAGAUCGUAGUUCGGCGUCUCCUUGUGUGCAUUCUGAAUUCUGUGCUAGAAACUGUCAUAGCUUAUUUAUUAUAUCACGUGUAACCUCUCACACUAAUUGUUUACCUUUGUCCAACAAUAGAUGGCGCUGCGCCACAUCGUGUUAUUUGCUAAUUAUUUAAAAUACUUUAGUAUUAAGCGAACGAAGCGACGGAAAUAUCUGCUCACUUAUAAUGUAUAACUUAUUAUAUACUUGCGUGCAAAAAAAUCGACCCGCCCCGUACGCUUUCCUUCAGAACGCGAUAUAUAAAAAUCAAGAUGAAAGCGUACAGGGUGUGCGGGUUUUUUUGCACACAAGUGUAUUAUGUAUAUUGAUGGUUUCGUGCAGAUGUGUCUGCCGCGUCGUGUCGAGGUACAAUGAAACGGAGAACCCCGGGCGGAGUCGCACGCUAACUACUAGCUUUAACGUACACAGAGCUUCCCCAUCCACACACACAUGUAGCUGAUUGUGUUUGUUUGUCCAUAUUGUCAGUGUAGCAAUCGACUCCAUCGAUUCACUAGUGUCUGAAGGAUGCCACAGUCUCUCGGAUGCUAUGCUUACAUUCUAGAGUAUAGUAUGUACGCAACUCCUUCCAAUGCAAAAAAAAAACAUAAUUUAUUUUUAUGAAUAGCUGUUGAACAAUAUAGACCCAAAUUCUAUAACUAUGAACAAACGUACUAAGAUAUAUUUGAUAUUGCUUUACCGUUGUUAUUAUUUGGUCUAGUCUGUUGAAUCGUGUCCAAAUAGAUGUUUACAAUAAAGAAACUAACAGUACCGCGCUGCUCCGAUCGCAUCGGCGUAAUCAAAUGAUCGUAUAUUGUUGUUACUAUGUUUUGUAUGUUGUAACAUAUAAUAAAUGUAGAAAUUUAAACUGAA